AAAAAAAUAAAAUAAAAAAACUCAUAAUUAAAACAACCACUCAACAUAUAAAAGAUACCACUUUAAUUAGGUUUUGAAACUAUAUUUAAUGCUCGCUAACCUGUGCCAGUGUGCUGAGGUUAAUCCCUCUGUUGGGAACGGUGGACAACAUGAGUGUCAACCGGUAAGGGAGCGACCUAGCCUUAACCAAAACCCCAGAGCUGACAAUUGGAGAAGAGGAUAUACGGGUGCAGGCAAAGCAGAAUGGGGAAGAAUGAGGUUUAAACAGAGGGACAACAACAAAGGAUAUGAUAAAGGGAUACUAAAACAAGCCGCUUCUUUCUUUAUUGCAAAUUUCCCCGAGUCCUGGAAGAUCGAGGAUAUGUGGAAAGAGUUCAAAAAGUAUCUGGAGAUUAAAAAUCCUAGAGAAAUGGAACUAAACUUGAGCAAGAUUAAAGUGGGGAAGCUCAGAAUCCAGGUGAACCUAGCCAUGUACAAUGAAGAAAAUGGAACAACUGGGAGGAGCAAAAGGCAAAUAGUCCACAAAGGGGAGAGUAGUUAUGGGCAGUAUGCAGAUGUAGCAGCAAAGUCAUUCGCGGAUGUUGUUCGGGGUGAUAAACACGUGCCUAGAAUGGAAUUCCAAGCUAACAAAGAAGAGGAGUGGCUAAAGAACUAUUAUGUGGGACAAAUGCACAAGCUUGAUGGAUUAAUGUCCCUACAAGACAGACUGUUGGUAGAAGGAUUCUUUUCAAUAAAAGUAACUCCAAUGGGUGGAAAUCUCAUGUUGAUCCAUUGUGAAGAUACUAAGGAAGUUGAUACCCUACUGAAGGAGGGGAAUGAUUGGCUCAAGAAUUGGUUUGAAGAUGUGAGGCCUUGGAGCCAAACAGAGGUAGCAAAGGAGAGUUUCACAUGGAUCCGAUGCUUCGGAGUUCCACUGAAUGUGUGGAAUGAUGAAUUUUUCAAGAGGAUUGGAAAUUUAUAUGAUUUGGAUGUCAGCAAUUCUGAAGGAGAUGAUUUAGAAAUAGAUGAAGUUGAUGUGGGGACGAGACUGAGCAAAGUGGUUGAAAAAGAUGCAGAGGAAGUUGAAACGGCUAACUCUGGCAAGCUGAAUCCGGUGGUGGGGGUAUUCGAAAAGUCAAUGGAAGAUGGAGAAAAGUCAACUCCUGAGGAUUUCAUUAGUAGGGAUGAAGUCGAAAAGACUAUGAGUUUUGUAAUAGCAUCACAUAAACAACAAAUUGACAUUGAUGGUGUUAGACCUAAAGCUGCAAGGGGUGACGAUUCUAGUUCCAAGCAAGUGGAGGGGGGAGGAAAAAAGAGGGAGCUAAGAAAGAUGAUUAGGAAAGAAAAAUUUGAUAUGGUGUUCAUCCAAGAAACAAAGUUGGAGGUGAUGGAUUAUAGAGGAUGCAAAGCAAUAUGGGGCUCAGGGGAAUUUGAUUGGAAUAUGAAGCCAGCAGUGGGGAACGCAGGUGGAAUGUUAUGUUUGUGGAAUAAAAAUAGUAUUAAGGCACAAAGUAGAAUAGAGGGAGAUGGGUUUGUGGGAUCUAUGGUCAGUGGCGCAAUGAGGAACUUCCUUGCAUUUUUAUUAAUGUAUAUGCCCCUUGCGAUAGACAGGAAAGGAAAAGGCUCUAGGAGAAGCCAAUCGGAGUUUAAUGAUUUCCUUAUGGAAAAUGAACUUGUGGAUAUACCAUUAAGAGGAAGGAAGUUUACUUGGUACAAGAGUAAUGGCUUAGCAGUGGGUGGCUUAGCAUUCGUCAAAAAGAAGUGGACCAGUUUUGAUGUUAGGGGAUGGGGUGGCUUUAGACUAAAAGAGAAGCUGAAAUUUUUGAAGAAGGAACUUAAAGUUUGGAACAAGGAGGUGUUUGGCAUAAUUGAAACUCAAAUUGAAGCAGCAAAGGAAGAGAUAAAAAAGGUGGAUGAGAAAAAUGAUGUAGGAACAUUGGAAGAGACUGACAUAGCCAAACGAAUAGCAAGUUUUCAAGAGCUAAUGGAGUGGACAAAUGCAAGAAACAAUUUGUUAUUCCAAAAGGCAAGACAGCAAUGGUUGAAGGAAGGGGAUUCGAAUAGCAAAUAUUUUCAUAACUGUGUGGUUAGAAGGAGGAAACAAAAUGAACUGGUUGGUUUAUUACAUAAUGGAGUAUGGGUGGAUAGAGUGGAAGAGGUGAAGUCAAUUGUAAAAGAUUUUUUCAGCAACAAGUUUACAAAGGAGGAAUGGUGCAUGCCACUUCUGGAAGAGAUAAAAUUUAACCAGAGGAGUUCAAUGCAGGAAAGGGGCUUCGUCAAGGGGCUUCGUCAAGGGGAUCCACUAUCCCCAUUUCUUUUCCUUGUGGUAGCAGAAGCUCUUAGUGGCCUGGUUCGGAAGGCAGAAGAAAUUGGACUCCUAAAAGGUAUCCAAGUAGGUGAAGGCAAUUUGAGGCUCACUCAUUUACAAUGUGCUGACGAUACAAUCUUAUUUAGUGAAGCGAGUGAAGCUAAUGCAUGGGCAAUGAAAUGUGUGAUGAGGAGUUUCGAGAUGAUUUCUGGGUUAAAGGUUAAUAAUGAUAAAAGUUGGCUGUGUGGGUUGAAUGUAGACAGUGAAAGAUUGGAAGACAUGGCAACCAUAAUGAACUGUUCAGUUAGCAGUAUCCCCUUCAAGUAUUUAGGGGUUCCAGUGGGAGCAAACACAAACAGAAUUUCUACUUGGGCUCCAGUAAUUGAGUGUGUAAAAAGGAGGCUAAAUAGAUGGAGUGGGGUUUCACUAUCAUUUGGGGGGAGAAUUGUUCUUCUCAAGGCUGUGUUAUCCUACUUACCCGUAUAUUUCUUCUAUGUGUAUAAGGCUCCAAAACAGGUAACAAACCUUCUCACCAAACUACAAUGUAAUUUUCUUUGGGGUAGGGGAGAGGGCGGUAGGAAUAUAGCGUGGAUUAAGUGGGAUGUGAUAUGCAAAUAUAGAGAGGAGGGUGGGUUAGGUGUUAGAAAUGUUGAAAGCUUUAAUAAGGCCCUCCUUGGAAAAUGGAAGUGGAGAGUGUUAAGGGAAAAGGAGGUACUGUGGAGGAGAGUCAUAUAUGAAUUGUACGGGAUUGAUGGCGGUAGGGGGUGGGGAAGGUGGCUAAGGGAAGGUUUUGUGAAAAGGGUAGGUGAGGGGAAGGACACUUUCUUUUGGGAUGACAUGUGGGUAGGGGAUGUGAAUUUAAAAGAAAAUUUUCCAAGAUUGUAUUCCAUUACAACAAAUAAAAAUGUGAAAGUAGCAGAAUUAGGGGAAUGGUGUGAGGGAGUGUGGGUGUGGAAGUGGAAUUGGAGAAGGGAUUUGUUUGCUUGGGAACUUGAUUUGUUACAGGAAUUGGAAGAUACCAUUCGACCGGUGAGCAUCAACCGAGGAACAGAAGAUGUAUGGAUAUGGAAAUGGGACAACAGUGGACAAUACACUGUGAGGUUAGCAUAUCAACAAUUGUUACCUGCUCAACAAGUUCAAUCUCUACAGGCACCUUUUAUCCAAGUGUGGAACCCUCAUGUUCCAUUGAAGGUUUCAGCUUUGGCAUGGAGAGCACUUCAUGACAGACUCCCAACAAAGAGUAAUCUGGCUAGGAGGGGUGUGAUUACAAAUGGUGGAGGAAUUCAAUGUAGUAAUUGCUUAAAAAAGGAGGAAACGAUCAACCACUUAAUGUUUGAAUGCCCUCUAUCAUGGAAAGUGUGGACGUCCUGUUAUUCUUGGUGGGGCAUUUCGACUGCCAUAAAUGUGGACACUACUACACAUUUUAAGCAACAUACAGGACUAAUUGACAGUAAAAAUAUUAAUCAGGCAUGGGCGGUGAUCUGGUUUGCUGCACUUUGGUCAAUAUGGUUGCAAAGGAAUCAAGUAAUUUUCAACAGUAAUCAUGACAGCCUGGAGGAAAUGCUAGAGCUGAUAAAAUAUAGAUCAUUUUAUUGGAUAAGGGCAAUGCCACAACCUGAAUUGUCAUUGGAUCUCUGGAAAUCCAAUCCGAGACUUGCUCUAAGAAUGAGGUAAUUUUUCCAACUUUGAACUGGAAUGGUAAAUUGGAAGGAUGGCAAUUUAAUGUCGAGAUAGGCAAUGUAAGUGGUGCUAUGAAUGUAUAUGGGUUUGGGUACUCUUUGUACCAUAAUAAUAAAAUUUUUGGCUUAUC